GCUGUUCCACAAGGACGCCACGUCCAGUAAGAACGUCAUGAAGACGUCAUACCCACCUCCCCACAACAUGCUGGACUCCACAGCACCCAAAAUCAAGAGGGGUAAAGAGAGAGAGGUGCCCAAAGUCAAGAGACCCACCGCGCUCAAGAAGGUGAUCCUGAAGGAACGGGAGGUGAAGGCCAAGCAGUGCGUGAAGGAGCAGCCGGACAGCGAGCUCCAGUUCACCGACACACUCACGCAGGAGACCGUCUCACAGGAGGAGAACGGUCUGAGCGUGCCCAGUGAUGCCUCGCUGUCUCCAGCCAGUCAGAACUCUCCGUACAGCAUCACCCCGGUCUCGCAGGGUUCACCCGCCAGCUCGGGCAUGGGAAGCCCCAUGGCGACAUCCACCAUCACCAAAAUCCACAGCCGCAGGUUCAGAGAGUACUGCAACCAGGUGCUGAAUAAGGAGAUCGACGAGAGCGUGACCCUCCUGCUGCAGGAGCUGGUCCGCUUCCAGGAGCGGGUCUAUCAGAAGGAGCCCAACAAAGCUAAAGGGAAGCGGCGCCUGGUCAUGGGUCUGAGAGAGGUCACCAAACACAUGAAGCUCAACAAGAUCCAGUGUGUCGUCAUCUCGCCCAACUGUGAGAAGAUCCAGGCCAAAGGCGGUCUGGAUGAAGCUCUGUACAACGUUAUCGCCAUGGCGCGUGAGCAGGAGAUUCCCUUCGUUUUCGCUCUGGGACGUAAAGCUCUCGGCCGCUGCGUCAACAAGCUCGUCCCCGUCAGCGUGGUGGGGAUCUUCAACUACUCCGGAGCCGAGGCUCUCUUUAACCGCCUGGUGUCCCUGACGGAGGAGGCGCGCAGGGCGUAUAAGGAGAUGGUUUGCGCUCUGGAGCAGGAGCAGGCCGAGGAAGCUCUGAAGAACGUGAAGAAGGUCUCGCACCACAUGGGCCACUCGCGCAACCCCUCGGCCGCCUCGGCCAUCUCCUUCUGCAGCGUCAUAUCCGAACCCAUCUCCGAGGUGAACGAGAAGGAGUACGAGACCAACUGGAGGACGAUGGUGGAGAACUCGGACGCCCCGGAACCCCCGGAGAGCGACUUCACCAGAACGGCUCCUCACAAAGACGCCGAGGGGACCCCGGGCCCCGAGGGGGGCUGCCCCGCGCCCCCCAAGGAGGAAGGGCGCUCGGAGGACGGGCUGGAGCGCGCCUCCCAGCAGAGCACGGAGACCGGGUCCCUGGACGGCAGCUGCCGGGGCCCGUCCCACUCGUACUCGUCCAUCACCAGCGCCAGCAGCAACACCCUGGUGCCGGGCAUGCUGGACGAGGAGGAGGAGGACGAGGAGGAGGACGAGGAGGACGAGGAGGAGGAGUACGCCCACGAGCCCAUCCUGCCGGAGGUGCCGGCCGUGAGCAGCAUGAUCGACACGUGGGUCAGCACCACGCUGGAGAACCUGCAGCUCUCCUCCAAGAACCAGGAGGAGGACGAGGAGGAGGAGGAGGAGGAGAAAGAGGAGGAUCUGGGAGGAGCGAGUGAUGAGGAGGAGCUGGAGUCCUCUGUGGAGGAGAAGCACGGCGACGAGGCUCGGAAAGACUCCGAAUGAGGCGCGCGCGCACACACACACACACACACUCACACUCACUAUGACAUCAUAAUACACUGUACGGCCAAAAGUAUGUGGACACCACUCCUAAUUCUUGAGCUCUUAUGUGAAUGAAUUGGAACACCGACUGUGAGCCAGGCCUCCCGACCUCGCCGACCGCUCUCCCGGGCACAGAUGUGCACAAAUUCCCACAGCGCCGGCACACGCUAUAACGUUAGAGCGAGAGCGCCCUCUUGUGGUCCCCUAAACUCCACUAAGGAGAAGGCCAGGACCCAGAGCGAUACGUUGUCACGGUGACGCCAUGGCAACGGGCACAAAUUCCCACAGACUGUAGCUGUGAAACUGUAAUGACCACAUUUUAGAGUCGGGACAGGCUCACGAUCAGGCGUCCACGUACUUUCGGCCAGACCUAGCGGUCAGACUCGUUCACCCAUCACACUCCACGUCUUCAACUGUCUCAGGAAGUUCCAACACACACACACACACACACACACACACGGUGCUUUCACACACACACACACACACUCCUACGAUCACGAUGAAGACCACGGCUCGCGCUUUGAGCUGCCGACCCCCCCCCCCCCCCCCCUCCACCCCCCACUGUCUACAUACAGGUUUGUGCAAAAGUUUGUGCACCCCCGGUCAAUUUAAUGGAAAGCGAGAGUGAGAAAAUAAUACUAAUUAAAUCAUUCUGUAUGUGAGCGCCCCCUUGUAAACCACAGUGGGACCAGAUCACCACCAGUUUCAUUAAUGAAUUUAGUUUAGUUAGUUGUGUUUCGUUUUGACGCGUGAAGCUCGGCCCGACUCUGAUUGGACUAACUGCGCUCUCUGACAGCCAAUCGAUAGGCUCUACGGCAACCGACGGGUCUGAAGGGGUUCAGCCGAAAAUGAGAAGCAAAGAACGGCCUCGAUCAGGGACGCCGGGACUUUGUUCUUUAUAGGCGACGACCUCAAGGGGUGUGCAAACUUUCUCACCGGGUGCUUCUGUACACCUCCCGCAUUAGGUAGCAAAUCGUUCAGUCGUUUAUUUGUUCCCUGAUGUUCAUGACAGAACUACGGCACCAACGGAACCCCUUCAGACCCGGCGUGACAGUCGGCUCGACUCUGAUUGGCCAGCGGCGCUCUCCGACAGCCAACCAAAGGCUAAGACGGAGGCUUACGGUCAUGUGCGGAAGUUUUUCGUCCCUCCGCCACGCCCGCUACAGGGAACGGAACCAAAAAACGGCCUCAAUCAGGGACGCCGGGACUUUGUUCUCUGUAGCCGUCAAUCUCUACGAUACCUGGAUUGAGGCGCUUUAUCCCAUUUUUCAUGCUAAAUCCUCUCAAACUAAUCCCAUCGAAUUGGCGAGCGUCUGUGACCUUUGUUCUUCGUAGCCGACGACCUCAAGGGGUGUGCAAACUUUUGCACGAGGCUCUCUGUCGGCUCUACAUCAACCGAAGAGUCUGAAGGGGUUGAAGGAAGAGUUCGGCUAAAAACGAGACGUACAGGAUGGGGAUGUUCCUCUUACGCUACAUGUAGUCGACCCCAACACUGGUGCAAAAGUUUGCGCCCCCCGGCACGUCCGCUACAGGGAACAGAACCAAAAAACGCCGCUUAUGAGGGACGCUGGUGACCUCAAGGGGUGUGCAGACUUUCACAUGAGACCUGGAUUGAGGCGCUUUAUCCCUUUAUUCAUGUCAGAUCCUAACCAGCUUAAUCAGAUCGGAUCGGUGAGCUUCUGUGACCUGCGUCUUCAGGUCUCUCCGUAGAUGUUUGAUGAGUUGAUGAUGAGAAGUCUGGACUUCUCCUUGGACGCUGGGACGUUUGUUCUUUUGAUCUUUGUUGCCGACGACCUCAAGGGGUGUGCAAACUUUAGCACGAGACUGGUGAGCUACCGGUUUAGCAUCACAACAACGUGGCUCCUGGAAAUCCGGGUUCGGUUCCUGCCUUGAAGUUCCCGUGUCCAGGAGCCACAGCUUUCCUUUGAGAACUCGGCUUCUUUCCACCAGCAGAACAUGCAGUAGGUGGAUUGGCUGCUCUAAUUUCUCUCUAGAUCAGGUGGCUCCCACUGUGACCCUAAACAGGGGUCAGACGAUUGGAAAAACCAGCUGAAUCUGAUCACACUGCUCCUUAUACCACAUGACCAAAAACUAUGUGGACGCCCAAACUCCUAACCUGGACCCGCUGCAUUGCUAGGUGCUUCGGUACUCAGCGCUGAGCCGUUGUCGCUCCCGGAUGUUCCCACCUCCCUCAGUACCGUCCAUUCUACUGCCAGACGUGCGGUUUGUACGCUGCUAAUCCGGUAGCUUCCGUCGUUCGUGAAUUAUCAGCGUCGCCGUACAGAGCGACAGACGAACGUCGGGCUUUAAUAAUAAUAAUGCUAACGCUAACGUUUUUAUCUCCUGCUUUAAUAUAAACUGAAUUGAUUCUGACUGUCGUGUGUCGUGUUGAUCACCUCGCGUUCCGAGAGCGUCCGGCGCCGCUCAUCCGAACAACGAAAUAAAAAACGAAUCUUUGUGUUUGUAAAUAACGUGUAAAGUUUGUUUGUAAUAAUCCGCCGUGUCCUAUUUAUCGUACUCGUGUGCUGAAGAAUAACCGAGAUUCUCCCGGCGUGGGUUCGAAUGCCGCGUGUCCUCGCUCGUCUGUGCGCAGGCAUGUGCCGAUAUAUCAGAUCCACCGACGUUCGAAAGCGGCGUCACGUGUUUAUCGUGUUUAGCUCGGAAAUUACAGCUAGUCUGUUAAUUAGCUUAUCGUCAAACGGGACAUGAAUACGGUUUUAAAUCUGAAUUUAAUCAGAUCAGAAUCCGAUCUUCUUACAACAACAGGGUUUUAUUUUAAAUUUGCAAGGCUACGGACUAAAAUCGGACUUCGGAGCGAGAGCGCCCUCUUGUGGGGCCGCUUAAACUCCACUAAAGAGAAGACGUAGGAUCUUUCUGGACCAGUGACGUCGGAGUACGUAGUUCUCUGUACCGAAGACGAUUCUUAUCACAUUUAAAGCCAAAAUAAAUCAACUCCUUUAUUUUUAUGAAGUUUGGGCAGUUGGUAGAGUAGGUGUCGCACAGUAACAUGGGCCCCCGGGUACCUGGGUUUAAACCUCACCUUUUUAAGGAGGCUCACAUCAUCUCGUCAGCACGGGUGAGCGACGCCCUGGGAUAAAUUAGCGCCCUUGUUUUAAACAAAAUAGUUUUAAUAAUAUUUUUAGUUUUUAAAACGAUCAUCUGUGUUUUAUUUGUAGAAUCCUGGUCUGAGUACGAAUGGGAUCCUACCUAGUAUUAGUCUGGUGUUCCUAAUAAAGUGGCCUGUAUGCAGAAAAGUAUUCAGACCCCCCCCGUUCAACACCUCGCAGACGCCCCCUUCGUCUCUACACGCAUCUGGAUUGAGGCGCUUUAUCCCUUUAUUCAUGUCAGAUCCUCUCCAGCUUAAUCAGAUCAGAUUUAUGAGCAUCUGUGACCUGCUAUCUAUCUUCAGGUCUCUCCACAGAUGUUCGAUGAGUUGUGAGUCUGGGCUUCCUCUGGGGUCACUUCGGGUCCCUCGGAGACUUGUUCGGGGGCCCCUGCGCUUUUGUUUGGCUGUUGGAAGGUGAACCGUCACCUCCAGUCUGAGAUUUUAGCUGCAUAUGUGCAUCUCUUAAUUCUGAUUGGUCUGCUCAUCCUUGAAUCUGAGAAGCAGCCCCAUAGGGUGAUGCUGCCACCACCACGUUUCACUGUAGGGAACCGAAGGGUCUGGGUCUGAAUACUUUCUGAAUCCACGGUAGAUGAACCCCAGCAAGUCCAGCAAGCUCACGGUCCGACGCCCACCUACUUUAUAAUUCUGGCCUGAUUUUCACGCUCGUGAGCUUCAGUUCUUGAGAACGAUGAGGAAUUUCUUAAGGUCCGUACAACACGUGCUUCCUCAAGUUCAUCCAAAGUAAGAACUACCUAGCCGACCUCCUCCCGAUGACGCGUCCAUGAUAUUCUCACAUCGUACGGUGUUCGCUCACUGAUUAUCGGCACAUCCCUGGUCUGAUUAUUACACGUGUGUACAGGCGGGUUUAGGUAACCCAUUAGCUUUAGCGGGUUUAGUAACGUUUGGGCUGUUUCUGUUGUCGUUGUUCUUCCGGAUUCUCUUCUUCAUAAGUGUUAUAGCGGCUCUGGGUCAGUAACGCAAUUUAGUUUCAAUUUAAUUCUACAGGGUUUAAAAAUCGUGAUUUCACGACCAGGAACUGAUUUCACCUUCAGUUAUCGAACGCUGAUCCGGUUUAACCUGAGAAACGCUGGAUCGUCGCGUAAUAGCUAGUGCCUGAUAUUAACGAGUCGUAAAUGCUGCUCACCGUAUCCUUUUAGGUAGAUGACAGGUGGCGCGGCGGGAUAUUCCGCUAGCACACCAGCGCCGAGAUUCUGAACUCCUCGGUUCGAAACUCACCGGUCGGCUGGGCGCCAUCUAGCGGGCCGUCUCUGCUAAAAGGGCGGGAUGACCGGACCAUGUGGGCGCUGUGUAAGGACCCUGAUUAGCACAUAGAGGCGCCUGUGCAGAGGGUUGCGCGCGGGUCGGAGGAGGCGUGAGCAGCGAUAUACCCACCUCACCUGCAAUCAGGGAUCCACCAGCAGAGGGAGACAAACUGACCACGAUAAACUGGGAGAGAAAAAGAACGCUAAUUCGGUAGCAACCUGUCGGGCACACGUAUAAGCGGACGGCUAAAGGGUGGAGCCGCUAGAACAGGUUAGGAGGACGGGGUUGAGUAGGGGGCAGGUUCAGAGAUUAAACGCGCCACAGAUAAGCGACUGUAGGUGUACCAGUCUGCUCAUGGUUCCACGCUUUAGCACAAAUCGUCGUGUGUUAAAUGUUAAUAACUGAUGCUAAUGCGCGCGGUAGCUUUGUAUAGGAUAUUCCUGGUUAGUAGUAUUGCUCCAGUGUUAGCAUUGUAGCGCCGGGGGCUGAGAAACUCGGUGACUCGCCAAAACAGAACAGCGCUAACCAAGUGUUUGUGUGGCGCCUUGUAACAGACGAACCUGCGUCGUGUUCGUCGCUGAUGUAUCAGGAACACUAAAGAAUUUGUAGAGCUCGUUUAGCACGCCGUUCUGUUUGUCGGAUUAGCUUCUAUCGUAGCGAUACGAUAAAUGCGAUUCGGGAAGAAUUACAGAUUAGCGUUUGAUAGCCGACGGCGUGAGCAGCUCCUGGUCGUCCGCUCGGGUUUUUAUAUCCGAACCAGAUGAAGGAACCGUGCAGUUAUUAGUUUUUUUUCGGGAAGGCCUCCGAGGCGCCAGGCGUGCGCCGAUUGUUCCGGAAUAUUUCACGAUAUGAAGAAUAUCAAACACCAGGUGAACAGGAUUCUGGGAAACGUCCCGUUAGACGACCCUGGACAGAAGUCAUGUGACUAUUAUGACUAUUAUUAUUAUUAUAAUUAUUAUUAUUAUGCAGAUCUGAGGUCGUGUUGAUUAUGGUGACGUAUCGUGAUGAUCGGCGCACGCCCGGAUGGGUGUUAGCGGCGGCGUGCUGGCGGUGUGUAUUUUGCACUAUGUAAAUAACAGCAGAGUGAGUGCUUGUGAUGUGAUAAUGUGAAGCGGUUGAUUGAAGGAUCGAUGUUCUUUUGCCUGAUUUUUUUUUUUUUUUCUGGGGUUCGAACCUCGAGCUCUGUGUAAAUCUCUCUCUCUCUCUCUCUCUCUCUCUGACCAAUAUUAACUCAUUAUUAAAAUCUUCUAAUUAAAAACAA